GACGUCACACAUUUCACGUUUUGUUCUUUGCUAACGGGCGGACGGUCCUCCAUCAGCGGUCGGGAGGCGGAAAAGACCGCAGGCGGCCGGCAGCAAGGGGAAGCCAAAAGACAGGGAACGAAUAUAGACAGCUAGGCAGUUCGGGGCAUAGUGACACACCGGAAAGGCUUAUCUGAAAGGCUGGAAAAUGUCCGACUUUGACAGCAACCCGUUCGCCGACCCGGACUUCAACAAUCCGUUUCAGGAUCCCUCGGUGACACAGGUGACGCGCUCUACUCCUCCCGGUGGUCUAGAAGAAUAUAACCCCUUCACAGAUGCCAGAACGGCUGCCCCUGGAAAUGCCCCCAAGUCUGCGCCAGCACCUUCACAGAACACGCAGCCUGCUAUCAUGAAGCCCACAGAAGAGCCCCCAGCUUAUUCGCAACAACAAACGCAGGACCAGGCACGUGCUCAGGCCGAGUUGCUGAGAAGGCAAGAGGAAUUGGAGAGGAAAGCGGCAGAGCUUGACCGCAGGGAGCGAGAGCUGCAGUCUCACGGAGUAGCAGGUCGUAAGAACAACUGGCCUCCCAUGCCUGAGAAGUUCCCUGUGGGCCCCUGUUUCUACCACGACAUUGCAGUGGAUAUUCCUAUAGAAUACCAGAAGACGGUGAAAAUCAUGUAUAACCUUUGGAUGUUCCAUGCCGGCACACUCUUUGUGAACAUGUUUGGCUGCUUGGCGUGGUUCUGUGUGGAUCCUUCCCACGGUGUGGACUUUGGCCUGGCCAUGUUGUGGUUUCUCCUCUUUACGCCUUGCUCUUUUGUCUGCUGGUACAGACCGCUCUAUGGAGCUUUCAGGAGCGACAGUUCUUUCCGCUUCUUCGUCUUUUUCUUCGUCUACAUCUGCCAAUUUGGAGUUCACGUGCUACAAACGAUCGGUAUCACCGGCUGGGGCACGUGUGGUUGGAUCACAGCCCUAAUGGGCCUGAACACUAGCAUCCCGGUGGGCAUCAUCAUGUUGCUCAUCGCCGCACUCUUCACCACGCUCUCCGUGGGCUCGCUCAUCAUGUUUAAAAAGGUCCACGCGCUGUAUCGGACCACUGGCGCCAGCUUCGAGAAGGCCCAGCAGGAGUUCGCAACCGGGGUCAUGUCCAACAAGACGGUGCAGACGGCAGCCGCCAACGCUGCGGCCAACGCUGCGUCCAACGCGGCCCGCGGCGCCUUCAAGCCUCAUCCGUAGGCGUGCACAGCUGCGCAAAUCUGUUCCUGUUCAAUCACCACCAAGUUGCUAAUGUCUUAAAAAAAAUGUCUUUACUUCAAAUCUAACAUCCCGAAAUCAAUCCUUACCCUGCUCGCGUACGAGUGAGCCAUGCUUGCCAUCUCUGUCCGUGAGAUUAACGACCCCACGGCUAAAAAUAUCACCUUCCGAUUGACUGGAUAGGUCGAACUCCGCAGCGAGAUUGAUUGACGGCAUGCUGCGUGCAUGUUCAAGCACACUCGACCAGGUAACUAAUUCAUUAGCGUUUUGUCUCCCGAGAUGUGAACUGCAUGUCCAUUGGCUGUUUGAAAGGGGAGGAUGCCUCGUGCGUGUUUGACAUUUGUCUUUGUAGCCCCUAACACAUUAAGUACUAUCUAAAGCUGCUAUCAAUCUGGACAUGGUCUCUUUGCUAUUUUUGGGUUCCAUCUUUUAAUGGGGACUGGAACUACACUGGGCAACAGAUCAUUUUUAAAGGGUAGGGGGCAGAGGGGAUACGAGUCAUAUGACGUGCUUUAAAAACAUGAACUGAUUUUUUUUUUUUUUUUUAAUCAUCUCAGUGUUAAAUGAUUGGAAUGUGACAGGCGUGCAUUUUGUUGAAUUCAAGGCACAUAUAUAUUUUUUUAACCUCACGGCACACUACCGAAUAAAAAUGUCCCUGAAUUACGCUCCCACAGUUUGACUGUGCCUUUCGCCAUCUAGUCACCACACGUCACUGGUAUAGUAAAUCGUCAUUUUCAGACCAAUUUUGCAAAAUUGGUUUUUGAGUUCUGAUUUCCCUCGGGUGGUUGGGAUCGACUGCGGGGGAAAGCUGUACAGACUACUGUCACCGACUGGAUUUGUGUUGUACUUUGGCAUCUCGCAAUGUGACGGGGGUGCACUGCAUGCCACUCGGCAGAUGAUUGAAAUUGUUGUUGUGACAAAUGAUGAACUGAUUCCCGAACGCGACCGGAGCACUCGAGCUAAAAUGUUGGAAGGCUUAUCGUGAGAUUAUUAAAACAAUGCUAACAACAGUAUUUUGCAUUUCGUUUGAAAUUUGAUAGCGCUUUUCUGUUAGUUCUUAUUUAUGACAUAAUUUAUGUUGUAUUUGAUUUCGCAUGAUUAUCAUGUUAGGCGUGCUUGUGUUGAAGGUAUGACUGAAUACAUUAUUCAAAUCCCCCCACGUGUUAGUCUACUGUAUGUCCUCAAAAGCUGUGAGAAAUCUACCAAAUGUCCAUUUAGUUUUUUAAUCUCAGUUCGUGAUGUGCUCUUUUGCCAUGUUUUACUUCACUACAUUAAAAGUCGUAUUGUGCAAGCCGGUCUACACUUACGGAAUGUGUUGAACAACAACAAAAAUGUCGUGUUUUAGACCAUGUUAGUUCACAGAACCAUGAGAAGAAACUCAUGUAAGAGAUACCAUACUUGUACAUUCUGUAAAGAUGCUCAUUUGAUGCCCCCAUUAGGAGUCGCGUGUAAAAAGAAAUUUAAAUGCACUCUUGUCUGGCCUUUGUCGCAUGUGAAAUAGUUUUCAGUUUUGUAUAUUUAUGGUAUUAACAUGGAAUAAAGAUUUGAAAGAGACUGGA